AUGGCUCCAGAGAUCCCUGGCUUCUAUUAUGAUGAGGACAAGAAGAAGUACUUUAAAAUCCAGCCCGACCAUGUUGCCCCGCCUGGUGCGCAAUAUUCCGCGAAGGUGCUCAAGCGGAAGCGCAGCGACCAGAUAAAACGCGAAAGGAAGGCAGAACUCAAUCAGCGCACGGCCAGUGAGAUGGUCACCAGGGGCGCGGCGUUGGCACAGCCCCUGGUGACCGUUCAUCGAGAGAUUGGGCUUGAAUUGCCUGGCGGUGCUAUGCGGGAAAAGUAUGCCCGUCUUCAAGUAAGCCAGCUGCAUCGAGAAGAGCUCCAUAAAUUCGAACCGUGGCCAAGAGCGAACACGAUUCGACAGGUCGUGCGGAACCCACGCUCCGGCACUUUGAUUGCCAGCAUGGCUCGCGGGCAAGAAUCCUCUGUCUCGGUCUGCUUUCCAGAUAUCGAGAAUUCGCAAUGGUCCUACAAUCACACGAUGGAGCGUCUCCUCUUUAGGGAACCUUUCCGGCUCGCCUCGAUGUCUCUGAGCCCAACAGACUGUUUACUGGCAACCAUGGACGACGGCCCAGACGGAGCAUGCUUCUUCUCAAUGCACUGGCUUCCUGCUCCCGAUGAUGAUGGAGGCUACACCUGGCCAGCAAUUUCUCAACCCACUCGCAUAACCCCUCAACAUCCAAUGACCUUCUGGGGCACCGCAGCCUGUCCAUCAACCACAGAUCCCAUUUUCGCCAUUGCCGCUUCAGAGGGCCUACACACCAUCCACGGUGGCGAAAACAAUUGGCUGAUGAGGAAGCAUGAGAUUGAUAUUGGUCCGAAAAAGUCCAGGUCGAAGGGGCACUGGUGGCCGCACACGAACAGCGUGUGUUCCGUUGAAUGGCUCAAUCAAGAUGUCAUCAUGUCAGGUCGGAAGAACGGCGCGAUUCUCUUCAAUGACUUGCGUAUUGGCUCUAGCACGCCUCACUUCCGGCAUUCGGACUCGGUGAUGCAAUUCAAAAAGGUUGACGACUGGCGCAUUGUCGCCGCGGGUCCUCGUUAUCUGCAUAUGUUCGACCUACGCUUUGCUCCCAAUGGUGACAAGGGCAUUAAGCGGAACAAGAACCCAUCGAUCGCCAAUUCGGCAACAAGCCAACCAUACCUGACAUUCCCUGACUUCGCGCCCCUGCCCAUGCCAACCUUGGACAUUAGCACUGAUCUCGGUCUCCUUGCAAACCCAUCCCCGGACCAAACGAUCCAGCUGUUCUCCCUCCGCACCGGUCGACAGGUACCCUCCCCGCUUACCGAGCGCAAGUACUCUUCCACUCCGAGCUGCGUGAGCUUUGAAGCGGGUAAUGAUGCACCAGCAUGGAAAGGUCCCGAGACACUCAGUAUGCUGGUUGGCAUAGAUGGCGUUGUCGAUCAGUGGAGUUGGUGA